ACAUGAUACAUGAUACAUGAUACAUGAUACAUGAUACAUGAUACAUGAUACAGGAUACAUGAUUUUUGAUGAAUGAUACAUUGAGUUGGUCAUUCGCCGUGGGAAUUGGGUUAUUGAAAUCAAAUAUAUUUUCACUGAUAUCAUUCAAAACCGGCAUGACACACACAUACUCAAGGAAAAUAUUAUAAAAAUUCAUUCAUUCCUUCUAUCCGAAUAAAUUUAAUGUUGAUCGUAAAGCUGGGUUCAACAUUUUCAGGAAUUUCGAAAAAGAUUUAAUUUACGCUGAUUCUUUACUUCACUUUAUAAACCUUAUGAAGAAUGGUUCACUUGGCAGGACUAUGCUCUUAUGUUGGUUUUCAGUAGGCUUUUGUGUUCAAAUGCAAGAUUUAUGACGAUGCGGAUUGAAGACAGCAAAAAAUAUUUAUUAAUAUUAAAAAUGUUUCUUCUGGUGACAUUGUCAUUGUCAUUGGUUAUGUUCGUUAGAAUUGACGUUUCGAAUAAAAAUUAAGGUGAUGUGAUGUCCAUCCCCUACAAUCGGUAUAGAUUCUGCAAAAUAUUCAGGGUGUGAUACAGCAGUUGAGUUGAAACGCAAUAAUGAAUGAUAGACUUAUUGGAUCUCGUCAGCUGAUAAAAGUCCAUUGGUUAUAGAAUCCGCCCUCAAGAGCCUCAAAUAAUUGAACGUUAUUUCAAUUUGAUCCACUCGAUAAGAUUUUCGUUAGUUCAAGUAACUCCAUCAACAAAACUGGUAACAAAAGUAAUCAUCUCCACCAUACAUCUUAUAUGGGAAAACCCUUCUGCUCAGAGUAUUGGCUCUCGAAAACAGUUUAAGCAUUCGCUCAAAUUUUGACAUCGCUAGAAAAGAAGUAUAAAUAUACUAGCUGACCCGUCGAACUUCGUCUCGCCUAAAAUUAUUUUUUGUAAUUUAUAUUUUCGGACGGCAGAGUGGUCAAACGUCUAAUGUCGUUGACGUUUCUCUCCAUUAUGUGGCUGACUACUUGGUCUACAAUGAACGAUUGUAACGAAUUCAGAGACGACAUAUUAUUUUCCACACAAAUUGUCAUCUUCGAAUGCAUUAAACAUAGAUAGCAGAACUCUUUCCAACUCAUGGUGUCGACAUAUUAGAAUAACAAUGGUCCUGAGAUGAUUAAAAUUUAUUGGCAUAUCCUUGAAGAUUAUCGGAAGGAUUUUUUUGAGAUUGUUUGUCCAAAAAAUGCUCCUUCGCUAAUCUGAUUAUUCUACAUAAUCAUGUUUGAUGAAUGUUCAUAGCAUUGCCAUUACAGGGUCAAUCUUUGAAUCCUAAAUUUAGCGAUAAAUUCUACAUUCAAUAGUUUAAACGAAAAUUUUAUCCAUGUAGUGUCCUUUAAGUUGUACAUGAACACUGAAGCCGUCAAAUAAUCAUAGUCAUAUCAUUAGUUGAGUCAAGACAUCGUUUUGCUGAGUACUCCGUCUAAAAUUAGGGAAUAAGUUAACAUCUGAUAAUCAAUAUCAUACAAAAUUGAAGGAAAAAUGUGCAAUACUUCUGUUAUAGCGAAGCGAAUAUGUGAAAUAAAUAUACCAGUUGUCGUCCUUUUGUUUAGCUAAUAUGUAUUUGUUCGAGUAACCCAAAGUUCGGAAAGAGGGAAUGAUUUUGUCUUAAGCAACUUUCAAAGUAAAUGAAUAGUAUCCUAAGCCACCCGUUUUCAAGUCAGAAUCCAAACGCAACUGAACGAACUAUAGCUCGGUGCAGCUGACAAAAAUAGCUCAAAACUUGUUCUGUACCUUCAAGUUGCCAGAAACUCCUCGUCUACUUUGAAGCAACAAAAAAGUGAUUAUUUUCAUAUAAUGUGAAACUUUUGAUUUCUGAAACUUUUGAUUGCUUGGGGAAACUCCGCUAUAAUUUUAAUUUUAUCUUUAUCUUACCAAUUUGAAAAUACUUCACAAAAAUAAGCAACUUAAAAUCAAAUAUUUAUGCUAAUCAUCAUCUACCGAUUGGCAUUUAAUUGCCAUUUGUUAUGUGCGCUUAUCUACAUGAUUUGUAAAUAAAUGCUAGGAACAUCUCUUUGUUUGUCCUCAUUGUUUCAACAGCGGAAUCGUAUCAUUGAUUGUUUUUUUGUAAUUUCAUUUUUUAACUCACGCCCACGAAGACCAAUAUUAUUCAUCUAACUGAUUACAUGGCAUACAUUGCAUCUAGUAAACGAAAUCAGAACUUUUGCUCCUGCUUACGGUAUGGCUUGAAUAGUAUAUCGAAAUAGCUAGAACAGUAAUAUGCAUUCCACCAAGUCAUUUUGCAAACAAUUAUUUUUAUACCCAAUUAAACACGUGGCUCGAAAUAACAAAUCAUAUACAUCAAGUAUACCUGUGAAUUCUCCACACGAAACAUCUCGUUGCCCGCCAAACAAUUUUUUUAACGAUCUAGUAUUCCUAUCUUCGACGGCCAAACACUGGUGCAACUCGUUAUGCGCCAAACACCUAUCGAUGAUCUAGCAAUCAUUGACGACUUUUUCUGUGGAAAAUUCCAUUGUCCAUACAAAACAACUUUAUGGAUUUUUCCCACUUUUCCGGCAAGUUUUCCUAAUUUUUUUGAUGUACGAACCUGGUGGGGGUAAAAACAGAUCAAACAAAAAAAAAAUCAUCUCAAUCCGUCCAUCCGUUCUUACGUGAUGCGAUUACAAAGAAUGAUCUCUGCAUUUUUAUAUAUAUAGAUUUUCACAUUCCAUUGUUCAACUCAAUUAUUUGAUUGUAGAUCGAGUAAUCAGGAUGGAAUGAAUGUUGGUACGAUUCCCCUCAAUACUCUCCUAAAGUACGACUUGGAACAACUGUAAUAAAUGAAAAACAUUCCCAGAAGUUAGAACAAUGGUAUUGGAAAAGUAUCUGAAUGCUUGCUGAUGUGAAUUAUAAUGUGCCAAACAAUGUAACGGUUUUAUGUGCACCAACACCAAAAUAUUGGUUCCAUUACCAAAACAUAUAACUGAGUCACCUGUAUGAAUUAUGAUAUACACAAAGGGUUCAUGCACACAAAAUAAAAAUCGUAACAAACGAAAGCUAAUAAAAAGAAGCUGUUAUUUUUCCAAUGGACAAACAAAGGGUUAGGAAAUAGGCUGAAACAUUUUUAUUUUCUUUUGGGCGGUGAAACAACGCCAUAAAGCACAACGGCAAAAACUAAUAUAAGUCUAUUUCCCAUCUAAGGCAUCUUUUAGUCUCGCGACGAACUUUGGUACGCUGCGUGCUUUGAAACGGUUCAGAAAAUUUGGUUUGCAAUUUUCCGGCACGUGCUGCGGUGGAAGUUUGAGUCAAAAUGUUUUCACCUUUAUUUCGCUUAGUCAGUUUAAUCGCGAUUCUGACAUUUCAAACAGCUAACUUUUGUCACGGGUCAAGAAUUUUGGCGAUAUUUCCUGCUCCAGAAACAAGCCACCAGAUUGUUUUCCGGGCGUUUAUCAAAGGACUGCUAGAAAGAGGUCAUCACGUGACAAUGAUGACCCCGAUCCCGUUCGAAACGGACAAUCCGAACAUCACGCAAAUUAACUGGAGCUACGCACAUAGAAUAGCCCACGAAGUCGGAGACGUGGCCGUAAUGAGGCAAGAUGGUAACACUGCAAUGGACAUUGUCUCAAAGAUGCUAGUGGUUGCCAGAAAGAUUAUCGAAGCUGAACUCGCCCAUCCAGAAGUGCAAGAGUUGAUAAGGAAUGCAAGUGAAAAGCAGUUCGAUGUGUUACUGAUGGAAUAUUAUCAGAUGACACCGUUUCACGCGUUCGCCGAGUUAUUCAAUGUACCCAUGAUUGGAAUCACUUCCGUGGAAUCGAUUUCGUUGGCACAUCAGGCGGUGGGAAACGUGAUGAAUGUGGUUACGCAUCCAGAUUUCAACCAUAAAUUCUCGACCAAUCUGAACUUUUUCCAACGGCUUCAGGCAGUCGUUGCCAAAAUAUUCAUCGACAAUAUUUUGAUCCCGCUUGAGUUUGCCAAAUACGACAAAAUCAUUGAACAGAACUUUGGCAGUAACAUGACCAAAUCGAAGGAGCUGAUGAAUCGCGUCGACUUCCUGAUGACAAAUACCGAACCGGCGUUGGGUUUUAUCCGGCCCAUUAUACCUCAGGCAAUUCAACUGGGCUUCCUGCAUAUCGUACCUCCAAAGCCACUGCCAACGGAUCUUCAGAAAUAUUUGGAUAAGUCCCAGCAUGGAGUGAUCUACUUUAGCCUGGGAACACUGGUCCGGUGCAGUUCACUCUAUCCUGAAAAUUUGAAGAUUUUUGUCGAUGCAUUCAAUUCGUUGAAGUAUGACGUCCUUUGGAAGUGUGACCGGGAGUUGGAGUUCAAUGACACUAGUAACAUUCGGAUGGCUCAAUGGUUGCCCCAGCAGGAUUUACUCGCCCAUCCGAACGUGAAAUUGUUCGUUACUCAGGGCGGCCAGCAAUCGAUGGAGGAAGCGGUAGAUCGGCACGUACCGAUGGUGGUCAUUCCGUUCAACUUCGACCAGUUUGGCAACGCAGACAAGGUGGUCGAACGUGGGAUCGGUCAGAAGAUCUGGAUGGAACACUUGACGACCGAUGGACUGCGGGAGGCGAUUCUCGAGGUCAUCGGAAAUAAGAAAUACAAACGCAACAUCGAACGGCUCGGCAAACUCGUACGGGACCAACCGAUGCGCCCGGUCGAGAAGGCAGUCUGGUGGACCGAGUACGUGAUUCGGCAUCAAGGUGCAUCCCAUUACCGUUACAAAGCCGCCCAGAUGCCGGCCUGGCAGUACCACUACUACGAUGUGAUGGCCACGCUACUGGUGGCGGCCUUGACGGUACUGGCAGCCGUCGUUUAUUCCGUUCGGUGGCUUUUCAGCUAUUGCUUUGGCCAGUGGUAUGCGGUGCAGGCGAAGGAGAAAACCCUCUAGAGAUUCAAGUGUACUUGGCACACGAGGAGUGAACAUUCGUGAUGCUGCCGAGCACGGGAUUGGUGAAUGCGAUGCUAUGAAUGAACAAUUAUAUUUGCCUAUGAAGUUGUGUGAGAGCCCAUUCAAUUGCCAACACUGGAUAUACUAUCCAAAUGACUGUCAAUUUCUAUUGAAACACUAUUUGUCGAAUGAUUACCAAACACAUUGAAAAAAAAAAUAUGGCAAUCGUUUAACCUUGAAGCAGAGAGAGAGAGAGAGAGUUGGUGGUUCAAGGGGUUAUAAGUGGAUGGACAAAAUUUGUGUGGUUUGUGGUUUAAGAUUUUCGUUUCAAUUUCAUGUAAGCAAGUAACAACUCGACUGAGGAGAGUACAAGGAGUUUACGGCCGAAUAGCGAUUCGAAUCAUCGAAUCAUUGCUUAAUUGUCGCUACAGUUUUGAUGUGGCUGUUAGAUGUAAGACUAGUUUUAAUUUGUUCGAUAAAUAACUGUUACCAGCA